AUGCCGCCAAAACACGCCCAAAACAACCACCCCAACCAAGGCCCCAACCACCGCGGCCGCGGCGGUCGCGGCGGUCGCGGCGGUCACGGUCGUGGCGGUGGUCGAGGAGGGCACGGUGGCCAACACCAAGGACAAGGACAAGGACAAUUGGGCGAGUCCGGUCUCAGCGAGGAGGACAAGCAGAUCCUCCGCGACGCGCACAAGAACAAGGAUAACCCGGAGCAUCCUGCCCAUGAGAAGCAUCCGGAGGUAAGCAGAGAAUCCAUCAAAACGAUAACCUCGGUUAGCUGGCGACUGAUUGUUGGCGAUGGAACAGCAUCACAGCUUCCUGAAAAAGAUGCCGAAGAAGGUGGGCGGCGCCAUGAUCUUUAA